GUAUGAAGACCAGCUGGCUCAACAGCAGAGAAUGAAUGAGGAUAACCUGAGGAGGCAGGAAGAGUCAGUUGCAAAGCAAGAGGCUAUGAGGAAAGCUACUAUUGAGCAUGAAUUGGAGCAGAGGCACAAAUAUGAUUUAAAAAGAAUAGAAGCAGAAAUGACAAGCAAAGCCAAGGUGGAUCGAGAAAAUCAAGAUUUAACCCUUGAACAGAUCAGGGUCCGUGCUGCUGAAGACAGGGAGACAACCCUAAAGUCAAUGAUAGAGAAACGUGAAACAAUACUGUCGUCUAUAAAAACAGCAGGGGCAGCAAUUGGAACUGGCAUAGAUGCAUUUUUAAGUGAACCAGCCAAGAUUCAAGCUGCAGUUGCAGGACUUGUGGCUCUUACUGCUGGGUACUAUGGUGCCAAAGGAUCCCUGGGCAUUGUAUUCAGGUUUAUGGAGGCAAGACUAGCAAAACCAUCAUUAGUGCGUGAGACCUCAAGGAUCAGUGCUUUUGAUAUUGUGCGACAUCCAGUGCAGACUGUAAAGAAGGUUCAGAAGAGACCUGAAGAUGUCUUAGAAGGUGUUGUUCUCAACCCCAGUCUAGAAGAAAGAGUCAGAGAUAUUGCCAUUGCUACAAAGAACACCAAGUUCAAUAAAGGCAUGUAUCGCAACAUUCUUCUUCAUGGACCUCCUGGAACUGGUAAAACCCUCUUUGCCAAGAAAUUGGCAAUGCACUCUGGAAUGGAUUAUGCUAUUAUGACGGGUGGUGACAUCGCUCUUCUAGGCAGGGAAUCUGUUGGAGCGAUUCACAAGGUGUUUGAUUGGGCAGGUACAUCAAGAAAGGGUCUUAUCCUUUUCAUUGAUGAAGCUGAAGGAUUCUUGCGCAAACGUCAUGAAAAUAUUAGUGAAGAAUUGAGGAUGGCCAUUAGUGCUUUCUUGUAUCGUACUGGAACUCAGACUGACAAAUUUAUGAUGGUGUUAGCAUCCAACACCCCUGAAGUACUUGAUUUUGCUGUUGUUGAUCGUGUUCAUGAACCUGUAGAAUUCCCUCUGCCAACUCUAGUAGAGAGGGAGCGCUUAGUCAGGCUUUAUUUUGAAAAGUAUAUCCUAAAGCCAGCAGCAGAAGGCAAAAGGAGACUGAAGGUGGCACAAUUUGAUUAUAGUGCAGCAUGUACAAAAGUGGCUGAACUUACUGAAGGGAUGUCAGGACGUGAGAUCACAAACUUAGCUUUAGAUUGGCAGAUGACUACAUAUGCUUCAAGGGAUGGUGUGUUUUCUGAGGAAAUUAUGCUAAAGAGAGCCCAGGCAGCAGUCCAGCAUAAGAAACACAAGGUAUCCUGGCGAAGUGCACAUGAAACAAAGAAGACUGUGUUUAGUGCAGCUGUUAUAGCUGCUGUUGAAAAUGCAAAUAGUGCUCCUCCAUCAAAGCCUGAACCAGUUAGCUGAGAGCAGCAUGUUAUAUUAGGGAAUUAUUUUGUCUUUAUGAGUAUGGGAAUUAAUUUGUUCUUUCUGUAUUGCUUAUUAUGAUAUCAUAGCCUUUGUAGGAUUUAUAAAAGGAAUAAACAAAUUCAGAGUUUAAUUCUUGGUGUUUCAAAUACAUGGAUAUUUAAAAAAAAUGAAAUAAAUACAGUGACCAGUAUAUAUUUAAUAGAACUUUCAAUAUAUAUCUGUGGUGUUCAAUAAUCUAUAUCAUUAAAAAUAUUGGCAAAUCAGGAUUAUCUGUUAAAAUUGAAUAGAAUGAAAUGAAUGUUCUUAAUAAGAUUUUAAUGUACACAAUCUGUGUAAUCAUCAUUUGUUUACCGGUAUUUGUUUCUUAUAAUAAGAACUUUCAGGGAGAAUGGAAGUACUUCCUAAAU